AUGACAAAGAGAAGUUUAAAAGGCUCUAAUGUUAAUAGAGAUAAAAUUAAAAAGAGUAAAACGACAAUUGAAAGUCAAUCUAAACCAAUUUUUCAACUCGAAGGGAAAUUCGAGAGUUAUGAUAACAAUGAUGAUGACAAUAAUGAUGAUUAUGUGUAUUAUGAAAGUGAAAGCGCGAGUGAUACUGAGGGAGAAGAUAGCAUCGAUUGGCAAGAUGUCAUCUUAGAAAAUGUAGUUAAGGUAACUUACGAAAACCCUAAACCUAUUCCAACAAAAGAAAAGACACAAUUAAAACAAUACAAGAAAUUAAAAUAUUGUCUAAAUAUUUUUCUAAUACCGUUUUUUCUUAGAGUUUUAAGACAACGAAGUCAUUGGACUAAAGAUGCGAGACUUAAUAGAAGAUUAAAACGAUCUAUACCUAAGCUAAUCGCAAAAAAAUUCUCCAUUUGGAUCAAAAAACGAAAAUCUUUGACUCCUAAUGAACAUGGUAAAAAGACAUUAACAUGCCUUAUUGGAUUAGUAAUGUGGUUUCGAUCUCAUUAUCAAAUUAAUAGUAAUGGAUUCAGGCAAAACUUCAUAAGAUAUCAAUAUUUAAUUAAAUAUGUUCAAGAUAAAACAGUCAAGGAUUAUUCAAAGAUCAAUAAACAUAUCUUGAAUGAUCAACACCAAUUCUAUGGUUCUAGACCUGAAAUAUUGGAAGGUAUUGAAGAUAUUCGGAAGAUGGCUAAAAAUAAAAAGACAAAUAGAGAUAUAUUAGUAAUAUUUUUCAUUAUUAUCUUAAAGAAUUUAAUUCCUGAAUCAAAUAGAUUGAAAAUUGUUUUAUGUUUUGCAUUACCACUACAUGAUUUCAAAAUUUCAUGUUCUGAUCCUUUCAUGGAAAUAGUUAAAAAAAGGCAUGGUUAUGUACCUAAUAAAUUUGAUACUGAUCUAUUACAACCUAAUUUUUGGAUUGAACUUUAUCUUAGUGAGGAUUCAUUGCAAUAUUUUUAUGUGAUCGAUCCAGUGAUUCACGUCCAGAACGGAAAGGAUGUGGUUGUGAAGAAAUAUCAAGUUAAUGAGUUUGUUAACGGGUUUGAACCCAAUAUUCAAUUAGAUAAUAAUUUAACUCAAACAUUCACAACUGUCAUUGGAAUUGAUAUUGAUACCAAUAAUAUUAAAAAUAUCACGUCGAGGUAUGUCAAAAAUGUUAAUUAUCAAUUUUUCAACGAAGAAUUUUUAAAUACAAGCCAGUCACUUACAAUACGUAAAUAUAAUUUUUUACAAUCUCAAUUAAAAAUUUUCAAUCGAGUUCCAAAAUCUACAAAACAUUAUAAUUUAAUGAAACAGAUUUCUGACAAAAAUUAUACUUUACCCAAGAACAUCAAAGAGAUGAAAGCAUCUGAUAAUUUUAUCAUCCCCUCACUUUUAAAACAAAGACAAGUAAUGAAACCUGCUUCUAAUUCUAUAGGAUCAUUCUCAUAUCGAAUAGCUAAUACUGAUAUGAUUAAAAAAGAGCCCGUAUAUUGGAAAAGUGAUAUUCUUCAUUUGAAAAGCGAACAACACUGGAAUAUUCUUGGCAGAACUCUUAAAACAGGUUCAACCCCAUUGAAAUCGAUUAUCCUUAAACCCAAAGGGGAAAACAAGCUACCAAUAAAUGAUUCACCAAUACGAUAUUUAUAUGCAUUUGAACAGACUAUAAAGACACGGCAACUACCCAGUACUUAUAAAACAAGUACAGGAGAAGACUGCAAAAUAAUGGAUGUCAAUUUUUACAAGAACAAAUAUGGAAACGUAGAAAUCUUCCAUAGAGACACCCUACCACAAGGGUUCAAAUUGAUUAAAAUUACUCCCUUCUUAAAACCUAGUAUCCAUUCAUAUAACAAACAAUCAUCGCGAUAUACCUCUCACUCUCGUAUUCGUUACUUAGAUGUAGUAAGUGGGUUUGACUUUAAACAAAAAAAUGGAUUUGCUACGCCCGUAAUAAAGAAUAUUAUGGUUAACGAUCACGAUGAAGCUAUAGUCAAGAGACUUGAAUACCUUGAAGCUCAAACUUCUACUCUUGACGAAUGGGCUACUCUACUAAAGAUGCUACAAAUAAAAGACCAUCUUGAUGGAUCUUAUGGAAGUCUAGCCAAGGAUUAG